UUGGACAAGCUUGUUUAUGUUAUGUGCUUACUAAUGAUUACUUGAAGAUCUCAUCAAUCUCAUUUUUUUUUUUUAAAAAAAAACUUCACAAAAUAAAUAAGAAAAAGAAAAAAGAAAUAAAUGUGUGUGUGCAAGUGUGACUAUAAAAUAGCAACUUGGUUGAAAAUAGGCAACAGAGUUAAGAGAGAGUAUCAAAUCUCAAUAACUGAAUAUCAAUUAAGGCUUAAGAAAAGAGUGACACUUAUGGGGAAUUUGAGUCGCAAUCUGAAGAACGCAGUUAUUGCGUUUCUCGUUCCACUUCCCUCCAUUCUCUUCUACAUCUCCUUUCUCAACCACUGUCAACAUCUUCAUGAUGAUCCCAAAUCAAACGACGACGUUUCCCUCUCUCCACUCUGGAAAUGGUGCUAUGAUCACCCUCUUCUACUAGCUAACUUCCUCUUCUUCUUCAAUGUCAAUGUUCUCUUCUGGGUCAUCAGUCAUAUUCUCUCCAGCAAUUGGAUGAUUGACUUGUACUGGACAGUGAUACCGGUGAUGCUGGCUCAUUACUAUUCUACUCACCCUUUGGCUCAGUUUAACUUGUGGAGAUCGAGGAUUGCGAUUUUGUUGACUUGGGUAUGGAGUUUGAGACUGACCCAUAAUUAUUUUAGGCGAGAAAAAUGGCAAUGGGGUGCCAAGGAGGACUGGAGAUUCACUGAUAUGCGUGUUCAGUAUGGAAAACACUGGUGGUGGAUCUCCUUUUUCGCCGUCUACGUUUCCCAACAGGUGUUUCUCAUUGGUAUAUGUCUUCCGCUGUAUGCAAUCCACUCAGUGGAUGCACCAUUGAACAUUUGGGAUUUUGUUGCCAUUGUUGUUUGCCUAACUGGCAUAGUCAUUGCCUUCUUUGCUGAUACACAACUCCAUGAGUUUGUGACUCGAAAUGAGAAGCUUAAGAAGCUUGGGAAGCCAGUGGUGGCCAAUCUUGACAGGGGUUUGUGGCAAUUUUCUCGGCAUCCAAACUACAUUGGAGAGCAAUUGUGGUGGUGGGGUCUAGUUAUCUUUGCUUGGGGCCUUGGACAAGGAUGGACCUUUGUUGGGUCUCUCAUUAAUACUAUGUGUUUAGCUUAUGUGACUAAGCUUGUGGAAGAUCGGAUGCUGAAACAAGCUUACAGAGCAGAAGCUUACAGGUUGUAUCAGAAGACAACAUCAGUUUGGAUACCUUGGUUCAAGUCAUCUGCAAUAGCAGAAAAAGAUAAGAACAAUUAGUUCAAGUCUUUUUGUAGAUUUUUUUUUAUCUAAAUAUAUCGUGUGUUUCUUUACAUGUUGUUCAUGAAUCAUGAACCUGUUCUUAUUUAUCUGAAAGAAGGUUGACUUGUUUUUUCCUCUUUACAUGCAUAGCAAUGGGAUUCUUCUAUGAAAAUGUAUAAAUUUGAUAUGAACUUGUUGAAGAUUUCUAUAUAUUGUUGUGUUUGCUUAUAAGAAUAAAA